AUGAAUUCCAACUGUGAAGUUACAAUACCUGAAGAAGAGUUGCAGAAGUCUGAAAGUUUAUUUAAAGAGUUAAAAGAAUUAAAUAUCAGUUACAGAGAAGUAAAACAUGGAAUAGCCCAUUCUAUUAAGGAUUUAUUAGGAAUGAAUUUAGAGAAUCCAAAUAAUAUUAUAAAAAAUUUAUUUCUAAAAGAUAAAAAAAAAAAUUUUUUUUUCUUAUGUACCCUAAAUUGGAAAACUGUUGACUUAAAAAAUUUAGCUAAUAUAUUAAACACCUCUAACUUAAGGUUUGUUGAUGAAAAGAAUUUAAAAAGUAUUUUAAAUUUACUACCAGGAUGUCUUACCCCACUUGCAAUGAAGUGUGAUAAAGAUAAUGUCGUAAAACUUUAUUUUGAUUCAGAAUUAAAAAAUAUGGAUGAGCUAAUAAUUCACCCAAUGCAUAAUUAUAGUAGUUUGUAUAUGAAAAAAACAGACAUAGUAAAAUUUUGCGAGUUGCAUAAUCAUUCUCCAGAAUAUAUAAGCAUUGAAGAAGAGAAAAUAAAAGUAGAUAAUCACAAAAAUAAUAAAGAAUCACAUUCAAAAUGUAAUGUAAGUAAUAAGGCUGAUGAUAAAUUAAAAGAGUGUAAUUUGCUAGGAAUCACCUCAAAAAAAUUAGAAAAUUUUUCAGACUGGUAUACUCAAGUAAUAGUAAAAAGUGAAUUAAUAGAGUAUUAUGAUAUUUCAGGUUGUUAUAUAUUAAGACCUGGAGCCUAUUACAUAUGGGAGUGUGUACAAUCUUUUUUUGAUAAGGAAAUCAAAAAAUUAAAUGUAGAAAAUUCAUAUUUUCCACUUUUUGUAACAAAAAAUAAACUAGAAAAAGAAAAAAGUCAUAUUGAAGGUUUUAGUCCCGAAGUUGCAUGGGUAACAAAGUAUGGAGAUUCGGAUUUACCUGAAGAAAUAGCAAUUAGGCCAACCAGUGAAACUAUAAUGUAUUCUGCUUUCUCUAAAUGGAUUAGAUCUCAUAGAGAUUUACCUCUGAAAUUAAAUCAAUGGAAUACUGUGGUUAGAUGGGAAUUUAAGCAGCCAACUCCUUUUAUAAGAACAAGAGAAUUUUUAUGGCAAGAAGGCCAUACCGCUCAUAAAAAUGAAGAAGAAGCAGUGAAACUUGUCUUCGAUAUAUUAGAUUUGUAUAGAAGAUGGUAUGAAGAAUAUUUAGCUGUUCCUAUUAUAAAAGGAUUAAAAAGUGAAGGAGAAAAAUUUGCAGGAGCAAAUUUUACUUCUACUGCUGAAGCUUUCAUAAGCGAAAAUGGAAGAGCUAUACAAGCAGCUACUUCUCAUUACUUAGGUACAAAUUUUGCAAAAAUGUUUAAAAUUGAAUUUGAAGAUGAAAAUGAAAUCAAGCAAUAUGUUCAUCAAACGUCAUGGGGAUGUACUACUAGAUCAAUAGGAAUUAUGAUAAUGACUCAUGGAGAUGAUAAAGGGUUGGUGUUGCCUCCAAACGUUUCUAAAUAUAAGGCUGUUAUUGUACCAAUACUAUAUAAAAAUACAGAUGAAAAUAUGGUAUAUUCCUACUGUAAAGAUAUUGAAAAAGUUUUAAAAAAUGCACAAAUUAAUUGUGUAUUUGAUGAUAGAAGUUUAUACUCUCCAGGAUAUAAAUUUAAUCAUUGGGAAUUAAGAGGAAUACCUAUAAGAAUUGAAGUUGGUCCUAAAGAUAUUCAAAAUAACUCUUGUGUGUUUGUAAGAAGGGAUAAUAAUGAAAAGGUUAAUGUCAAAAAAGAAUCAGUUUUAUUGGAAACACAACAAAUGCUUGUUGACAUUCAUAAAAACUUAUUUUUAAAAGCAAAAAAAAAAUUGGAUGAAUCUAUUGUAAAAGUUACUGACUUUAGUGAAGUUAUGGAUGCCCUGAAUAAAAAAAAAAUGAUUUUAGCUCCAUGGUGUGAAGAUAUAGCCACAGAAGAUGAAAUAAAAAAAGAAACUCAAAGGUUGUCUUUAAAUCAAACAAAUACUGAAACUACCUUGUCAGGGGCUAUGAAACCGUUGUGUAUUCCAUUAGAUCAACCUCCAAUAUUACCAAAUACCAAAUGCUUUUGGUCAGGAAAACCAGCCAAAAGAUGGUGCUUAUUUGGUAGAAGUUAUUAA